UUUAUCAGAGUAUCGCCAUGAAGUUCGUCCCCUGCCUCCUGCUAGUGACCUUGUCCUGCCUGGGGACUUUAGGUCAGGCCCCGAGGCAAAAGCAAGGAAGCACUGGGGAGGAAUUUCAUUUCCAGACUGGAGGGAGAGAUUCCUGCACUAUGCGCCCCAGCAGCUUGGGGCAAGGUGCUAGAGAAGUGUGGCUUCGCGUCGACUGCCAAAACACAGACCAGACAUACUGGUGUGAGUACAGGGGGCAGCCCAGCAUGUGCCAGGCUUUCGCUGCUGACCCCAAACCUUACUGGAAUCAAGCCCUGCAGGAGCUGAGGCGCCUUCCCCAUGCAUGCCUGGGGGCCCCGGUGCUGAGGCCAUCCGUGUGCAGGGAGGCUGGGCCCCAGGCCCACAUGCAGCAGGUGACUUCCAGCCUCAAGGGCAGCCCAACGCCCAACCAGCAGCCUGAGGCUGGGACGCCAUCUCUGAGGCCCAAGGCCACAGUGAAACUCACAGAAGCAACACAGCUGGGAAAGGACGCGACGGAAGAGCUGGGAAAAGCCAAACCCACCACCCGACCCACAGCCAAACCUACCCAGCCUGGACCCAGGCCGGGAGGGAAUGAGGAAGCAAAGAAGGAGGCCUGGGAACACUGUUGGAAACCCUUCCAGGCCCUGUGCGCCUUUCUCAUCAGCUUCUUCCGAGGGUGA